CUUGGAGGUUAACAGGAGAGGUCAAGUAGAUCAAAGACCUGUGCUGCAGACAGACUUGGGAGGCUGGUGCUGUGCCCACCAGGGUAAGGCAGCCGGCAGGCAUCCUGGGGCAGCCAAUCAGAGGAGGAGGGAACUGCAGAGAAACCCAGUGAUCCUGCUGCAGCUGAGCUGUCCUUGGAGAGUGGGAGCCAAGGGAAGGGGAGGACGAGGGGGUGGGGAAGGACAUUCCACAGGCUUUUUUGGCCCCUGACAGAGACAGGGGGGUUACAGAGAAAGGGAAAGGAGCAAGCCAGGGCACAGGAUUACAACAAGAGCGUCAAGACCAGGCUGUGUCUGUGUGUGAGGAACUUUGCCUGAGGGAUACAAUUAGACCUAGAGCUUGCGGACAGGGAGUCUGAAGCCUGGGACAUGGACCGUUCAAUGGGAUGUCAAGGCAGCUCUGUCCCUGAGGACAGGACUGAAGCUGGGAUCAAGCGCUUCCUGGAGGAAACGGAUGAUAUAAGUCUGAACAAGUUCGUGAAGGAUUUCCCAGGAAAUGAGAGCUGCCACCAACCAGAGGCCAAGACCUGGGUGUCCAGGCCCCAAGUUCCGGAGCCAAGGCCCCAGGCCCCAGACCUCUACCAAGAUGACCUGGAUUUCAGAACCCCCCUGUGGCCCCAACCCUCUGACAGCCAGCAGUACUUCCCUGCCUCAGCCCCUCUCAGCCCCUCAGCCUCAGCCCGGCCCCGCAGCCCGUGGGGCAAGCUUGAUCCCUACGACUCCUCUGAGGAUGACAAGGAGUAUGUGGGCUUUGCGACCCUCCCCAAUCAAGUUCACCGCAAGUCCGUGAAGAAAGGCUUUGACUUUACCCUCAUGGUGGCAGGAGAAUCUGGCCUGGGGAAAUCCACUCUUGUCAAUAGCCUCUUCCUCACUGAUCUCCACCGGGACCGGAAACUCCUCAGUGCCGAAGAGCGGAUCAUGCAAACCGUGGAGAUCACUAAGCACGCAGUAGACAUAGAAGAGAAGGGCGUGAAGCUGAGGCUCACCAUCGUGGACACACCAGGCUUCGGGGAUGCAGUCAACAACACAGAGUGCUGGAAGCCUGUGGCAGAAUACAUCGACCAGCAGUUCGAGCAGUAUUUCCGAGACGAGAGUGGCCUGAACCGCAAGAACAUCCAAGACAACAGGGUGCACUGCUGCCUGUACUUCAUCUCGCCCUUCGGCCACGGGCUCCGGCCAUUGGAUGUUGAAUUCAUGAGGGCCCUGCAUCAGCGGGUCAACAUCGUGCCGAUCUUGGCUAAGGCGGACACACUGACACCUCCUGAAGUGGAGCACAAGAAACGCAAAAUCCGGGAGGAGAUAGAGCACUUUGGAAUCAAGAUCUACCAGUUCCCAGACUGUGACUCUGAUGAGGAUGAGGACUUCAAAUUACAGGACCAAGCCCUAAAGGAAAGCAUCCCAUUUGCUGUAAUUGGCAGCAACACCGUGGUAGAGGCCAGAGGGCGACGAGUCAGGGGCCGUCUCUACCCUUGGGGCAUCGUGGAAGUGGAAAACCCAGGGCACUGCGACUUUGUGAAGCUGAGGACAAUGCUGGUGCGUACUCACAUGCAGGACUUGAAGGAUGUGACACGGGAGACACAUUAUGAGAACUACCGGGCACAGUGUAUCCAGAGCAUGACCCGCCUGGUGGUGAAAGAGCGGAAUCGCAAGUAUGGUCAAAAGCCAGGGCAGAGCUGGCAGGGGGGAAUCCCAAGCACAACUUUGGGUGAGACUGAGCCCUUCCUCAUCUACAACACCUCAAUCCAAGCAGGUGUUGGGGUCCCCUUAGCCUUACCAAGCCCCCUUUCCCUUUCCCUUAGCAAAUUGACUCGAGAGAGUGGUACCGACUUCCCCAUCCCUGCUGUCCCACCAGGGACAGAUCCAGAAACUGAAAGGCUGAUACGAGAGAAAGAUGAGGAGCUGCGGCGGAUGCAGGAGAUGCUGCACAAAAUCCAAAGACAGAUGAAGGAGACCCACUAGCUGACUGUCAGCCCUGGAUAUUUAAAUCUUCUCCUCUUCGUUUUGCCCAUGCCGGCCCCUCCCAGCACCAGCUCUGCUCAGGCCCCUGCAGCUACUGCCACUUCGCCUUACAUCCCCGCUGCCUCCCAGAGACUCAGAGGAAAUAAAGUUUAACAAAUAUAUAGUG